AUGGCCGACCAAACAAACCCCGACACCGACGCCUUCGUCGCGGAGACGCAGUACCUCCCGCCCUACCAGAACUCCGCCAUGGGCACCCCUUUCAAGCUCGACGAAGGCUAUUCCGAAGAGACGCGCAGCCAGAGCGACGUCGAUGCCGCCGUCCGGACGGAGCCCCCUCAACUCGACAAGAUGGAGCAGGACAUCGCUCCCGUCGCCUUGCCUAACUGGGUCCUUGGCUUGCCCGAGGCUGAAAGAGCCGAAUUCGCUUUUGAAAUCCUGCGGUCGCUGCGCACCGCGUCCAUAGCGGGGAUCGUCGAGCGACUGAACUCCCGGCUGCACCUCGACCCUGUUAUGCACCUUCCCCCCGAGACAACCUUCCAGAUCCUCUCCUAUCUCGAGCCCGAGACGCUCUUGAAAGCCUCAACCCUGUCCAAGGCAUGGCGGGGCCGCGCGUUGGACAGCCAACUAUGGAAGGUCAUGUUUGGUGCCGAGGGCUGGUCAGCCAACAUCAGGCAGAUUAGGACCUUUGAAGAAACGGAAAAGGCGAACCGAUCUGCGAUGAAGGAGCGCAAGACGCGUGCGCGAGGGGGCGACGCUGAUCUCGAACGCAAGCCGGCUAAAAAGCGUAUCCAGGAAAGGCCGUUGUUUGGCGAUGGGCCGGUCGCUUCGCGCGUGGAGGGCGAGGCUUGGGCGGAGCAGCAUGGCCCCGUCGAGACAGACGAGAGCCCUGCGCAAGAGAGCGACGAUAUGCAAGAUAUUGCCUACACGAGUGGGAUGGAAUCUCCCUCGGAAGCCAGAGUCAACGACCUGGCGAGACGGCUUGAAUCCAGACCGCAGUUUGCCAUUGACGACGCCAUCGCCUCUCCCCCUCCGGCAGACAUGAUUUUCCCUCCUAUAAGGCCGUCCCUACUUCUCUCCUCUUUUGGCGACCCCAUGGUCAAUUGGCAGUACUUGUAUAAACAAAAGAGACGGCUCGAGGAGAACUGGACCGGGGGCCGCUACACAAACUUCCAAUUGCCGCACCCCUCGCACCCGUACGAAGGACACAAGGAGUGCGUCUACACCAUCCAGCACUCGGCCAAGUAUGUGGUCAGUGGCAGCCGGGACAAAACCAUUCGUAUCUGGGAUUUGGAGUCCCAGAGGUUGGUCCUCACCCCGCUGCAAGGACACGAUGCGUCAGUGUUGUGUUUGCAGUUCGACGAGCGGCCUGAGCACGACUUGGUGGUCUCUGGUGGAAGCGACUGUCACGUCAUUGUAUGGCGCUUUUCGACUGGUCAGAUGCUGAAGAAGAUUGAGAAGGCUCACGGUGAAUCUGUACUGAACCUGCGCUUCGAUGACAACUACCUCAUCACUUGUUCCAAGGACAAGACCAUCAAGAUAUGGAACCGCCGGCAGCUUCUUCCGACUGAUGCUGCGUACCCUAAGAUGACAAAAAGCGGAGCCCGUUUCCCUAGCUACAUUAUUGAUGUCGAGAAGGAAAUGCAGAAUCAGCAGCUGAACGCACAAUUGAACUACAAGCCGCUCAAGGAGUUCACUCUGCUCAUGACGCUGGAAGGCCACAGCGCCGCCGUCAACGCCAUUCAAACCUAUGAUGACCAAGUAGUCUCUGCAUCUGGCGACCGCACUGUCAAAGUCUGGGACAUCCAUACCGGCGUCUGCCUCAAGACGAUACCAGGACACACAAAGGGUAUCGCUUGCGUCCAGUUUGAUGGCCGGCGUAUUGUGACCGGUAGUUCCGACGAAACCGUCCGGAUCUUCGACCGCGCCACCGGUGCCGAGGUGGCUUGCCUCCGCGGCCACGGAAACCUCGUACGCACCGUGCAAGCGCAGUUCGGUGACAUGCCGGGUGAUGAAGAAGACCUCGAGGCCGAGGCUCGUGCCGUCGACCAGCAGUACUUUGAAGCUCGCGCGCGGGGUGCAAUCACGGAGCUCUCGCGCGAGGAACGACGCGCAAGGAACGCUGGUUCCCGGGAUCCGCGCGAAAUCUUUGCCUACGGCGCCAAGCUGCCUCCAGGGGGUGGCGGCAGCCGGUGGGGCAGGAUUGUUAGCGGAUCCUAUGACGAGAGCAUUAUCAUUUGGAAGAAGGCGCCAGACGGGAAGUGGGUGGCCGCGAAGCGUCUGCUGCAGAGCGAGGCGGUUGCCAACGCAGGCGGUCGGAGACGGCCCCUGAGAGCCACUCAGGCCCACAUCCAACAGCAGAUGCAGAUGAUGAAUGCUGCGGCACAAGCAGCGCAGAACCAUGCCCAGCAGCCGCAACCGCAAACUAACACCGCACAGGCGGCCCAACAGGCGGCCCAACAAAGCCUUAUGCAGUUGCAACAUGGCGUGCAGCAGCUCACACAACAAGCGCAGCUGCUACAGCAGCAGACCCAAGCUCAAGUGCACAAUGCUGGCGCCGCUCCAGGGGCUGGCGGACACGGUGUUGGGCAACCUCACGCAGGUCACGCUCAUCACCACCAUCACCACCACCACGGCCAGGUCCCAGUUGUGGGCACGGGCAGCAACUCUCGCGUAUUUAAGCUUCAGUUCGACGCCAGGAGGAUUAUCUGUUGCUCUCAAGACCCGACUAUCGUCGGAUGGGACUUUGCAAACGGGGACCAGGAGGUUGUGGCUGCGAGCCGUUUCUUUGGAGAGGCAUUUUGA